UUCACUCCCACGGCCACGGAGAGUCUGUCCCGCGAACGAGCCUGUGCUGUCGGGAGCGCGCAGCAGUCAUGCCUCAGCCGCCGCUCGCCCCGCCAGUGUCGAGAAAUAAAGGAAGAAAUUCGUCUUUUGCCUAAAAUUACACCGGCUUUAGGCGCUCGUGCUGCCUCACGACCGCCCGCUUGAAGAAACUGAGAAUUUUAUCCCAACUCGUCGAUAAUCUGUCUUUUUUUUUUCUUUCCUCCUCCCUCACGUCAAUGAGACAAAGAGGGCAACAAGAUCCAAGAGGAGUAGCUACAGCUGUGGUGAUGUGGUGUGUCAGGGCUCAUCCUUCAUUUCGCAGGUCAUUCCUUUAACUUGAUGCUGUCGACACUCUUAACGCCGCACAGUUUGGGGAUGUAAAUGCUGGGAAGCUGAGCUGAUGUGACACAGCGAGCAUGUUUUCAUACCCGGGGACAAUUAGCGGAUAGGAGCCCAGACGUCUUGUGAAAGGCAACAGGCCCGGAUCUGCCAUCCUCUCCCGCUAACGUCCCGUUGUGUUGCACCACUGCCAUGUCCUUUCCCCGCUGUGCCCAUCUCAUGGAGAAUGCACGCCCACCCAGAUAGGAUGCCUGCCUCGUCCGACGCCCUGAAUCCCCUCCUGCCCAUCACCACCUCCUCCUUCUCCUCGCGUGUACCUGCUCUUGCCAACAGUUCCUUGCGGCCUCCCAGGCUCUGCCUUGCCCCGCUCCAACAUGGUGGAUGAGGUGACCACCAUGAAGGAUGACGUCAUCAACGCCAACACGCUGGCUUGGCUGGUCUGCUCGGGUGUGUCCAUCCUGGCCAACACUUGGAGCAUCCUUAGUGUCAGUGCCAAGCAGAAAAAGUGGAAGCCGCUGGAAUUCCUCAUCUGCACGCUGGCGGGCACGCACAUCCUCAACAUGGCCAUCCCCAUCACCAUGUACUGUGUCAUAACGCUGCGCCGUCAGCACUCCAACUACGAGUGGAACGAGGGUUUGUGCAAAGUGUUUGUUUCCACCUUCUACACUCUCACAUUGGUCACCUGCUUCUCCGUCACCUCGCUCUCUUAUCAUCGCAUGUGGAUGGUACGCUGGCCUGUAAACUACAGGUUGAGUAACACCAAGAAGCAGGCGGUGCACACAGUGAUGGGGAUCUGGAUGGUCUCAUUCAUCCUGUCCACGCUUCCAGCAGUGGGUUGGCACGACACCAUCGACCGCUUCUACACCUCUGACUGCCGAUUUAUAGUGACUGAGAUUGGCCUUGGCUUCGGCGUUUGCUUUCUGCUGCUGAUUGGCGGCAGCGUGGCCAUGGGUGUGAUUUGCAUCGGCAUUGCUCUCUUUCAGACUUUCUCCAUUCAGGCAGGCCACAAUGCUGACAAGAACAAGUUCAACGUCCCCACCAUAGUGGUGGAGGACGCCCAGGGGAAGCGCAGAUCAUCCAUUGAUGGAUCAGAGCCUCUCAAGACGUCGCUGCAGAUCACGUACCUGAUCAGUGGCAUCGUGUUCAUCUAUGACUUCCUGACUGGCUUCCCCAUACUGGUGGUGAGCUUUGCCAGUCUGAAGUUCGACCGCUCCUAUAACUGGAUGGUGUUGUGUGUGCUGUGGUGCUCCAUUGCCCAGUCCAUCCUGCUACCCAUGUUCCUCUGGGCUUGUGACCGCUACCGGGCCGACAUCCGCAUGGUGUGGGAGAAGUGUGUCGCCAUUAUGUCCAAUGACGACGUGGAUGAGGAAAACAGCCAAGAUGGAGGAAUUCAUGCCGACUUAAUAUAUGACAGACCAUAUGACUAUAGCUCGGCGCCUGAAAUCGUGACGAUAGACCGUAAUGCCAAGUAUGAAUUCUCAACCUUAGAAAGGGGGGUCCCGCAAGGGUAUCCAUUGAGGGAACAACAGGAAGAUAGAAUGCAGUAUUUGCAGGUGCCCCCUACAAGAAGAUACUCCCACGACGAAACCGACAUGUGGACCAGCGACCGGAUCCCCUCGUACCUUCACCGAUGGGGCUCCACCGAGGACAUGAUAGUGAGUGCCCACUACAGCUCCACCUUGCUGCACCACGAGAGGCGCAGGAGCAGCCUGGUCUCCUACCACGAGGAGAGCCACCAUCACCAUCACCCUCAUCGCAAGCGGCGACGCUCUGAGGAUAGUAUGCACUCCCUCAAGCACCUGCCACGUGUGGUUUGUGGCGGGGAGCGUUAUGAGGAUGAACUGCGGUGUUUCAGCCGCGAUGAGGUGAUCAACUUUAUAGAUGAGACGCCGCUGCCGAGCCCCAGGAAGAGCCCGCGGCGCACGUCCACCAUCUCCCUUAUACCCAAUGUGUAUGAUCAGCACACAGUCAUCCUUCCCCACUUCGCGCUUACAGACUUUGAGCGUGAGCCCCAAGCGCUCAGGCGGCUCUCAGAACACAAAAGGAGCAGUAGCCGGGGAAACUCGCCUGAGGGUUCUCCCAAACCAGACAGACCUGCUGGAAAGAAGAGCCCCGGGGCUUGUGGCUCUGGUAAGGGGUGCCGGGAGCGCCUGCGAGACGCAAAACACCAGGGUGAAGCGGCCUCACCUGGGCGCAGCCAGCAGACUCCAGGGCACUCUGCUUGCAGGCCCAGGACAGGUGUUGGAUACGGGGCUGGGGCUGGAGCUGACUGGGGGCAUCAGAAGCACCUGAACAAGGCCGAGAGUAAAGGAAGCACAAACAGUUUUGUAAGCACACCCUCGGCAUCGUCCUCGGGAUACAUCACCUUUCACUCCGAUUCUGUAGGCUCCACCACUUAAAAGCAAAGUUUUCCCAUGUUAAUACAAACAUUAUGACUGAAGUUAUUAUCAUAACGAAAACCACUGGAAUAUUGGUGGUUUUGGGAAAGUGACAUACUGGAUUAUUUGGCCUUUUUACUUGUGCCACUACUCUGUUUUACUAUAUAUGCCACCAAUAAAUAACUGUUAUGCGAAAUGGCCUUGGGAGCUUUGGACAUAAUUUCUCAAUGGGCCUAAUGUUGAUUUAGUAUAUAGACUGGUGAAAAGGUUAGGUGGUCCUGUUAUUCAGCUUUCACAUCACAAAAUACUCACUGAGGACACUUUUUUUCCAGCACUGACACAAGUAAACUGUUUUUAAAUGGCGUAAACAUUCCCACACCUUGUUUUUGCUGUUUGAUGUUGUUUCCUAUGAAAUGUUCACAGAAUUGAAGGAGCUGGUUGUUAGGCUUUCUUUUAUUUGUUUGUUUGUUUGUUUGUUUGUUUUUUGCACUUAAUAACUCAAACUCAAAUUGCAUUUUUUUUCUUUGGCCUGUAAUGGCUGUGUGUAUUGUUGUAUAGGCACUUUUGUUUUCAAACCAAACUUUCCUGAAAAGUGCCCAUUUACCUUUAGAUUGACUUCAAGAUAUGAUACAUUCUACAUAUUUGUUUUUAUUUUGAUCAUAUUGUACAACUUUUCUAUUAACAUUAUUAUUCACAACACAUGAAAAGUUUUUUUCAAGCACCCUUUGUUGAAGUAAACUGACAGUGGUAAUCCCAAACUCUUUAAUGCCUAAUACUUUUACAGUUGCUGUGUGCGAUAUUGAGAUAUAAUGUGAGGACCCCUAAAUUCUUAAUGAAGAUGUGAAGUCAGUUUUUAAAGCAGAUUGACAUGUCAUGUAUAUAUAUAAGGUAUUGGAUUUAUGGUUUUCGUGUUAUUUUUGUUUGAUGAGACCUUUGCUUAAAACAUUUCCUCCCAAUUCUUAUUAUUCCAAUGUUUGUGUUAACUUUGGAGAUCAUCAGGUACAACAGUUGCUCACCACAUUGCAUAUUUGCAUAAGGAACAUUAGACUAAUAAAGUAGGAAAUGGUGAUUUUUCUUCAUCAACUGAGCGUGUCAGCCCGACCUCUCAUAUUAUUUGUUUCAGUAACCUGUUAGAAAGCACCAAUAAUGUUUUUUUUAACCAACUAAGAGGGAACAUCUAAAAGAUGUCAAAUGGUCCAACAGUUCAAAGUUUAAUAAGCCUGCAGGCUGACUAGAUGUAGCAUGACAUAAAUGAGGGUGUUGUACCUAAACCACCAAAUCCUCACUGGACAAUUUCAAUUGUAAGCACAAUUUAGGCACACUGUGAAUAAAAUGAAAAUGGACUAUGAAUACAAAAUAAUGACUUACAACCUAUCUGCUGAGACAAAAAGCAGACAUUAUAUUUGAUCUGUUAUCGCGUAAGAUAUGCCAAGACUGCUAAUGGUCAUAUUUGGAGAGGUUUUUAGGGUGUGAGAUGAAUUUUUUAAAGACCUGAUUUAACAAAGCCCUGUGCAGCAAUGUAGAUUAAAUGUAAGCAUCCCCAAAGCCUCAGUAGGGGAAUAUUCAGAUUUUUUUUAAAAUAAAUAUAUAUUUGUAUGGUGAAUAUGAUUACUUCACAUCAUAACAGAAUAUUAAAGGUUAAGGACAAAAAUAGUAUCACUGAAUUAUCAGUGAAAUGCCCCAUAAGCCAGAUCACAUAAGACUCACUGAUGCCCCACUCUUAAAUUAAUGAAUUAGAAUCAGAUCUUCUUAUUCUUACCCAAUAAUAGUAUGUGACAAUUUGAUGACUGUAAAAGGAGUGGAAUUACUUCUAUUGAUAUAUAACAGCAGAGACAACUUUGGGGUAUGACCUAUCAUGGACAGUAACUGCUACAUGAAUGUAUGUGCACAAAUUAGGUCUGAGGGUGAAAUGAAUAGCCAAGUAAUGAAGUUGCAGGUGUUUGGCAUAUUGGUUUUCACUCAUCUGUUGUCAUUUAAAAUCUAUGUUUAGUUUGAUUUCUCAUGUAUUAGUGUACCUCUCACUCAUUGCAGCCUACUCAAUUGGACAAGUUUGCUGAAAUGUAUCUUUCUUUGGAAGCGUAACAUCAUAUUCCCCUGUCAAACUUUGCUAUGUCGUAGAUUUUUGCAUUUUGUUGUGUUUACAAUAUUAAAAUAUCAUUUUGUAACAUAUUCAAAGAUUUAAGACUCAAAUACAAAUAAUGUUAAAUGUUAUGAUUUUCUUGUUUAGAUGAUGACUUUGUUAA